AUGUGUAACACAUCUGAAGGUCGCGGAGGCACGAAGGUAGGCUUAGCGGCAGCGUUCAACCACGAGGACACAAGCAUCAACCACGAGGACACAAGCAUCAACCACGAGGACACAAGCAUCAACCACGAGGACACAAGCAUCAACCACGAGGACACAAGCAUCAACCACGAGGACACAAGCAUCAACCACGAGGACACAAGCAUCAAUUACGAGGACACAAGCAUCAACCACGAGGACACAGGCAUCAACCACGAGGACACAAGCAUCAACCACGAGGACACAAGCAUCAACCACGAGGACACAAGCAUCAACCACGAGGACACAAGCAUCAACCACGAGGACACAAGCAUCAACCACGAGGACACAAGCAUCAACCGCGAGGACACAAGCAUCAACCACGAGGACACAAGCAUCAACCACGAGGACACAAGCAACAACCACGAGGACACAAGCAUCAACCACGAGGACACAAGCAACAACCACGAGGACACAAGCAUCAACCACGAGGACACAAGCAUCAACCACGAGGACACAAGCAACAACCACGAGGACACAAGCAUCAACCACGAGGACACAAGCAACAACCACGAGGACACAAGCAUCAACCACGAGGACACAAGCAUCAACCACGAGGACACAAGCAACAACCACGAGGACACAAGCAUCAACCACGAGGACACAAGCACCAACCACGAGGACACAAGCAUCAACCACGAGGACACAAGCAUCAACCACGAGGACACAAGCAUCAACCACGAGGACACAAGCAUCAACCACGAGGACACAAGCAUCAACCACGAGGACACAAGCAUCAACCACGAGGACACAGGCACCAACCACGAGGACACAAGCAUCAACCACGAGGACACAGGCAUCAACCACGAGGACACAAGCAUCAACCACGAGGACACAGGCAUCAACCACGAGGACACAAGCAUCAACCACGAGGACACAGGCAUCAACCACGAGGACACAAGCAACAACCACGAGGACACAAGCAUCAACCACGAGGACACAAGCAUCAACCACGAGGACACAAGCAUCAACCACGAGGACACAAGCAUCAACCACGAGGACACAAGCAUCAACCACGAGGACACAAGCAUCAACCGCGAGGACACAAGCAUCAACCACGAGGACACAAGCAUCAACCACGAGGACACAAGCAUCAACCACGAGGACACAAGCAACAACCACGAGGACACAAGCAUCAACCACGAGGACACAAGCAUCAACCACGAGGACACAAGCAUCAACCACGAGGACACAAGCAUCAACCGCGAGGACACAAGCAUCAACCACGAGGACACAAGCAUCAACCACGAGGACACAAGCAUCAACCACGAGGACACAAGCAACAACCACGAGGACACAAGCAUCAACCACGAGGACACAAGCAUCAACCACGAGGACACAAGCAACAACCACGAGGACACAAGCAUCAACCACGAGGACACAAGCAACAACCACGAGGACACAAGCAUCAACCACGAGGACACAAGCAUCAACCACGAGGACACAAGCAUCAACCACGAGGACACAAGCAACAACCACGAGGACACAAGCAUCAACCACGAGGACACAAGCAUCAACCACGAGGACACAAGCAUCAACCACGAGGACACAGGCACCAACCACGAGGACACAAGCAUCAACCACGAGGACACAGGCAUCAACCACGAGGACACAAGCAUCAACCACGAGGACACAGGCAUCAACCACGAGGACACAAGCAUCAACCACGAGGACACAGGCAUCAACCACGAGGACACAAGCAACAACCACGAGGACACAAGCAUCAACCACGAGGACACAGGCACCAACCACGAGGACACAGGCACCAACCACGAGGACACAGGCACCAACCACGAGGACACAGGCAUCAACCACGAGGACACAAGCAACAACCACGAGGACACAAGCACCAACCACGAGGACACAAGCAUCAACCACGAGGACACAGGCACCAACCACGAGGACACAGGCAUCAACCACGAGGACACAAGCAUCAACCACGAGGACACAAGCAUCAACCACGAGGACACAGGCAUCAACCACGAGGACACAGGCAUCAACCACGAGGACACAAGCAUCAACCACGAGGACACAAGCACCAACAAGCAGACACUCUUACCCUUUACUGCAUCUCCCUGGCAGAUAUCCAUUUUAGUACUGGGUGAGUACCGUGACCGUGCCUGUGAUGAACUGGAAGGCGUCUCCCGCGAAGAACUCGAACUUGAAGACGUUUCCCGUGAAGAACUCGAACUUGAAGGCGUCUCCCGCGAAGAACUAGAACUUGAAGGCGUCUCCCGCGAAGAACUCAAACUUGAAGGCGUCUCCCGCGAAGAACUGGAACUUGAAGGCGUCUCCCGCGAAGAACUGGAACUUGAAGGCGUCUCCCGCGAAGAACUAGAACUUGAAGGCGUCUCCCGCGAAGAACUAGAACUUGAAGGCGUCUCCCGCGAAAAUCUUGCUCAUCAUUGGAACAAUAGUCAGAGAUGCUUGGACAAAAAUAAAAAAUUCAACUAUUUCUAA